CCUCUCUCUCUCUGCAACCCUAAAAUCCACAAACUUUAAGAAUAUAUUGACCUUUUUACAUGGCUGAAAAAACACAACAGAUUUCUUCUUCUUCUUCUUCUUUAGGUGACAGGCAAAAACCAAGCAGGUUACAACGGCUCUCGCCAGCCUCGAUAAAAGUAGAACGAGUAACUGAUUGGAAUGUUGCGAUACCGCUUUUAUCGCCGUUGAUUACUUCUCCAACUUCACCUGAAUCGGAUAACUUGAAAGCAGCGAUAAAUGCUUUUUCGAGUUCGGUUGUUAAGGAAGAUGUGAGAAAAGACAAGACAGAGAAUGCGGUUAUGAUGUUUAAGAAUUGGCAGCAUCCUGCCGCCCCGUUUUGUUAUGAGCCAGUGGCUCCGUUGGUGCCUUUUGUAGGAAGUGCUGAUAGACGAUGAGGAUUGAUAGAUGUAGUUUUGGCUUAUGUAACAUGUAGGUUUUUUAGCGUUCUAAAUAGAGUACUUUGUUAAUAGUUAUCUCUAGUGUUUUUAGAAUUUUUUCGUCUUAGGAUGAAACAAUCUGUACAAUUAGCAAGUUUUGGUUACUUAUGAAAAAGGAUACCAUUGAUCAAAA